CAGGAUGAAUGGACUUAUAGAAGCUUUUUCGCUAGAUAUUUAUAGGGCUGUCUGCAGAAGUUUGUUUGUCAAGGACAAAUUAUUGUUGUCGUUUAUGUUGGCCAUAAACACUUUGAAGUUAAAGAACCAAGUUGAUCACAUGGAGUUACUGAUGUUGUUGCAAAUUAAGAAAAAUUGCUUAGAAGUCGGUUCCAAUUCGCCUUUUAGUUGGUUUGAACAACAAAUCUGGAAUGCAUUGUGCAGCUUGGAGAAAUGUACAGCCUUCAACGGUAUAGCAAAGAGUAUUGAAGAAAAUGAGGAUUUGUGGAAAAAAUUUAAUGCAACUUUAUCCAAAAACGAUUUACCAAAACCAUUUUGCGACAAUUUCAACAAUUUCCAGAUGCUGGUGCUAUCGGUUGUGAUGAAUCCUGAUAAAACUGUUAACCUAAUGCAGAAAUUCGUCGCAGAAAAUUUAGGAGAAUUAUUCCUGGAGUCUCCUCCAUUCGAAUUAAAAAGUUUAUAUGGUGAGACAGAUUGUUGUACACCUUUGAUGAUUCUGUUAUCACCAGGUGUUGAUCCUUUUUGCGACAUAAUAAAAUUUGGAGAACUACAGGGUGUCGGUUCUGAUAAAAUGCACUACAUAUCCCUUGGAAACGGCCAAGACGCCCUCGCAAGCAAAUUACUAGACGAAUGCAUGAAGAACGGUUACUGGGCUAUUCUGCAAAACUGUCAUUUAGCCAAAAACUGGCUUAAAAACCUGGAAAAAGUUUACGACAACAUAUCACCUGAAUCCGUUCAACCUGAAUUCCGUCUAUGGAUGCUCUCAUCACCGAGCGAGCAUAUACCUUUCAGCAUUCUAAAGAAUUCUGUGAAACUUGUUGAUGAAGUACCAGCAGGUAUAAGGUCCAGUAUCCAUCAGUCUUAUCUUUGUUCUCCGAUUUCUGAGAACAGCUGGUUCAAAAGUGGUCCGGAGGAACGUGCAGAAAGUUUUAAGAAGUUGCUGUAUGGUUUGUGUUUUCUGCAUGCUCUGCUGCAGCAGAGGGCCAGGUAUGAAGCCUGGAAUUAUAGAUAUGAUUUUUGUUUGAGCGAUAUGAGGACUGCUGCUGUUGAUUUGAAGAUUUUGGUGGAGGAAAGCUUGGAUGAUGAGGACAUUUCUUUUGAAACUCUUUGUUACCUGGCAGGAGAAUGUGUGUAUGGUGGACGUUUAAGAGACGAUUGGGACAGAAGAUGUUUAAAUACUUUAUUGGAACAAUUUUAUUGUCCUAAUUUGAUUAAAAAUAGCGACUAUACAUUCUACAAUACAGAUAUUCGGAUAGUUCCUUCAAAUCAGACCUAUCCAGGACAUAUGAAUCAUACAAACAAUUUAUCCUUGUUCGAUUCAACUGAUGCAGUUGGCUUAGGAGCAAAUGCUGAAAUUUUGAAAAAUCAACGGAAAUGCGAACGCUUUUUUGACUUAUUGGUGAAAGAGCCUUUACCAGAAGAUGAAAACUACAUUCGAGUUCUCCAAAUGAUCGAAGAAAUUUCCAAACAAAUUCCCGAAAUGUACGACGAAAAAAUUGUACAAGACAAAUUUGCCGAAUUAGAAAACGACAACGUGUCUAUAUUUUUGCUUCAAGAAUUGCAAAAGUAUGGAAUUUUAGUGAAAUGUAUCCUGGAGACUUUGGAAACGGUCAAAACAGCUUUGUCAGGUUCUGUAAUUACAAGUGUAAGCGUUGAAAAGGUAUUUCAAAGUUUGUUAAAUAACCAAAUUCCUGAAAAAUGGCUUAAAUUCUCAUAUCCGUCCAUCAAGACUUUGGGUUCAUACAUUGUCGACUUGGGCAAAAGGAUCACAUACUUACAGGUAAAUUCUUAA